AUGAUGUUCAGCAAGACGAUCUAUGCAUUGUGUGCGGCAGCUGUGGCGUUCUCUGGUGGUACAGUGGAUGCGACGACGGAGGCGGCGGAGACGUUUGGCUGGCUAUUGCCGAAGAGCCACAACACUGACGGUGGCUACGGAGGUGCUAGUGUCGGCACAGACGGAUAUGAAGGCGCGUCCGCGGGGAUAAGUGGAUAUGGCGGACUGUCUUUUCUAAAGGCACUUGGCGGUCUCAAGGCUGGUGCUGGUGGCUACGGCGCUACGGGAGUGGAUCUCAACGCAAAUGCUGGUCUCGGUGCACAUGGUUACGGUAAUGCCAACGCCGGCGCCGGUCUCGAUGCUCGUGCCGGCAUCAACGCGAACGCAGGCCUCAAGGCGAAUGCUGAACUUCAGGCUGGUGCAGGUCUCAAUACCGGGGCGGGUCUUGACGCCAAUGCAGGAUUGAAAGCGAACGCCGGACUCAACGCUGGUGCCGGCCUCAAUGCUGGUGCUGGUCUCAAGGUUGGUGCUGGUCUCAAUGCUGGUGCCGGUCUCAACGUUGGUGCUGGCCUCAACGCCGGUGCGGGUUUUGACGCCAAUGCAGAAUUGAAAGCGAACACCGGACUCAACGCUGGAGCCAGCCUUAAUGCUGGUGCCGGUCUCAACGUUGGUGCUGGUCUCAAUGCUGGUGCCGGACUCAACGUUGAUGCUGGCCUCACCGCCGGUGCGGGUCUUAACGGCAAUGCAGGAUUGAAAGCGAACGCCGGACUCAACGCUGGUCCCGGACUCAACGCUGGUGCUGGUCUCAAGGCUGGUGCCGGUCUCAACGCUGGUGCUGGCCUCACCGCCGGUGCGGGUCUUAACGGCAAUGCAGGAUUGAAAGCGAACGCCGGACUCAACGCUGGUCCCGGACUCAACGCUGGUGCUGGUCUCAAGGCUGGUGCCGGUCUCAACGCUGGUGCUGGCCUCACCACCGGUGCGGGUCUUAACGGCAAUGCAGGAUUGAAAGUGAACGCCGGACUCAACGCUGGUGCCGGUCUCAAGGUUGGUUCUGGUCUCAAUGCUGUUGCCGGUCUCAAUGUUGGUGCUGUCCUCAACGCCGGUGCGGGUCUUAACGGCAAUGCAGGAUUGAAAGCGAACGCCGGACCCAGCGCUGGUGCUGGCCUCAGCGCUGGUGCUGGCCUCAACGCUGGUGCGGGUCUUAACGCCAAUGCAGGAUUGAAAGCGAACGCCGGACUCAGCGCUGGUGCUGGGCUCAAUGCUGGUGCUGGUCUCAAGGCUGGCGCCGACCUCAAUGCUGGUGCCGGUCUCAACGUUGGUACUGGUCUCAAUGCUGGUGCCGGUCUCAACGUUGGUGCUAGGCUCAAUGCUGGUGCCGGCCUCAAUGCUGGUGCCGGUCUCAAUGCUGGUGCCGGUCUCAACGUUGGUGCUGGCCUCAACGCCGGUGCGGGUCUUAACGCCAAUGCAGAAUUGAAAGCGAACACCGGACUCAACGCUGGUGCCGGACUCAACGCUGGUGCCGGACUCAACGCUGGUGCCGGCCUCAAUGCUGGUGCCGGACUUAACGUCGGUGCUGGCCUCAACGCCGGUGCGGGUCUUAACGCCAAUGCAGGAUUGAAAGCGAAUGCCGGAGUCAACGCUGGUGCCGGAGUCAACGCUGGUGCCGGCCUCAAUGCUGGUGCCGGUCUCAAGGUUGGUGCAGGUCUCAAUGCUGGUGCCGGACUCAACGCAGGUGCCAGCCUCAACGCUAAUGCCGGGCCUCAGUUCUGGUGCCGGUCUCAACGCUGGUGCUAG